GCGUUGUCAUAUUAAACGACGGCGACGACAUGCGCGCCGCAGGAGUCCGGUAAAAUAUUAGUUUUGAAAUAAGUAUUUCAGUCACGCGCGGACAGCCCAAAACCACCGUUCGCACGUCGUAUUAUUCGUCCGCGUGUUUAUCGAUAAUAUAUUACGACGACACCGCGAUUAUUAGUGCCUACGUAUAUUUACUAUGUGUUUAAAAUGCCAAAAAGGAAAAGAAAUCGUUUCAAAAACGAAUCUCUUUAAAAACGUCGUCGUGCCGAGUGCCAGACAAGUGCAAAACGUCGAGUUACGAAAAACAAACUAUUCCGACGUCGCCGUAUUUGUUUAUUUAUUUUUAGUCCUUUACCACUCCCGAUUUCUUCGGUUUUCGCGCGGUAACGGUGUACGAUCGCAUUAAAAAAAUAUAUGCUUUUUCCAACUACUAUGACAACGAAUAUCGAAUUAUCUGCACACGAAGUAAUAAUAUAAUAUCGUCACAUCCGAUAAUAAACGCGAUCUGUUUACGACGAAUGACGACAGAAAACAGCAGUAACGCGGAUAUACUAUAAUAUAAUAUAGACGUGAGCUGAACAUAUUAUAAUAUUAUAAUAAGCGAAUGCACGCGACCGAUGAUGAGGGGGCACGGCGGCGAUAUCGAUGACGAUAGAUCACGAAAAUCUGACCAGCGCACGACUCUGCGCGAAGCGACACAGAUUCCGCGCGAAACGAGUGAUCGAUUUGGUUUGCGAUACGACGUGUUGUACCUAUUUAUUUUGAGUUCGCGUCGGUUACCGACGACGUUUUGAUCUGCGACAACGGAUCGUUCGCGGACGAAAUGUGGACGACAGAGCUCGCGCUAAGGAGAACUGUCCAACAUUUUUAGAUUUUUGUGCUUACAAGUUAAAAAAAAAAAUUGCAAUUAAUCAAUUACACGUUAUAAGCAACACACAAUACUUAUUUUUAUUUUUCUAUUAUCAAUUUUUUUUCGUCGAUAUCUUCGCUCUCUCGAUUAUUUUGUUUUUACCAGACGCCUACCACACGUUACACAUUAGACCGUUUAGGAAAAACAUGACGUCGCACGUUAAAAAUUAUGAAAUACGCCGCUGCCGCCGUCCAGUUAUACUAUGUCGAGCGGUCGUGUUGGUCGUCGUGUUGCAGCCGAUCAUCGCUGGUACCGGAAGUCGGGACGCGUACGGCACCACCCUGUACAAGCUCACGGACGACCGGAAGACGUGGACGUUCGACGAGCGGAUCAAACUCCAGUGCCGAAUGACCAUCGGGUCGUUGGUUCCCGGAGCGAACUUUAGUGACAGCACUGGUGAAAUUUUCCUCGUAUACUACGAACUGAUCAAAAUCGAGGCCAAGAAAAUCGUGUCGUCUUCGGCCAGGAAGAGCGCGAUGAUCAUCGUCGUGGACGUCUUGGGGGGAUACUUACACGCCAAUCUGCUGCCGCGCGCCAAAGAGCUGUACUACGAGGGUCGAGCCAAGUAUACGACAGUUAAAAAGUUACACGAACUCGAAAAAAAAAUCAAACACAUUUUGGGCACGGACGGCCGAGGUUGGGCCAAACCGACAGCGAGCGGCCGCCGGUCGGAAGAGGACGUGGCGCCGACUGCGCGACGCAUAGGCUGGUCAAGGUCGACGGUUAGGCCCAGGGACGACGACAAGUCGGCUGGCCAUUGCCGCGGCGUGGACGCCAGCCAGUACGGUUUGCUGCGGCGAUGGCGGCCGACAAAGAAGGCGGCGGUAGGCGGCGCCGCGGACGCCGACGACGUCUACACCGACGCCGUACCGUUUUUCGACAACGACACGCUACCGCAUUCGCUGGUGGUUCCGUGGCGUCCCGGGCGGCCGGUGCUGUUCGGCGUCUGGGACGCGGGUUGUCAUCAGACGCUGUUCGACCACCUCGUGACGGCCACGGCGGCCGGCGCGCGCGUCCGCCGGACCGCGCUGCGCCAAUGGCUGGACGAGGUGGUGUUGCCGCUGGUGAAGUCCCCGGCCACGGACCAAUGGUAUCCGGCCCUGUGGGGCGUUACGCUCGUGGCCAGGCGUCUAGCCGAAGCGGACCGCGUCGGCGGCGGCCGGGGCGGUAGUCGCGACUACCGACAGUUGGACUGCGACUGGACGACCGCGGACGUGCCCAACGUCAAUUUUUAUGCGUUCAUCGUGCUGCUGUCCACGGGCGUCUGUUGGUCGGCCGCGGCCCUGUACAUCGCUAUCGGCGGUCACUCUUUCGGUUUUCGACGCGUCCCAUAAACAUCGUGCGACGGUCGUAUCGUUUUCCCGUUAUUUUUCUCGUGAAGAGGUAUUUAAUUUUUUUUUUUUUUUUUUUUGUUUUUCACGCCGUAAGGCCGAUUUUCCACGACCGACACAUUUUUAUCUUAUACAGUUGUUAUUAUCAUAAAAAUAAUGAACGGUUACUAACGACGUACUGUGCGUUGUAAAUCGUUAUAAAACAUAUUUCCCCCAAAUCUUAUAUUUAAUCCAAUUUUAUGAUAACAACCGACAAGGUUUUCGGGUGAAAUUAAUAUAACCAGCGGGUUUUCAUAUAGUUUGCGACCGCUAAAUUAAAUCAUAUAUAAGCGGAAGACGAGCGCAUUUCCUAAGGACUAUUUUUAAUGUUAAAAUAUGAUUUAAUCCGUUAGCGUCUCUUGUCAAAUAUUUAUAAGCGCUGGACAUCCGGGACAAAUCCCGAUUUUAUAUCAGAUGUGUACUCAUUAGUUUUCCAGAACGGAGUUUUUAUUAAAAACAAAAGGAUGUAAUGCAGCCAUAAAUAACGAUAAAUUAAUUCCGAGUCUUAAGUCACAACACUCAUUUUAAAUCUUAAACGUUGCACGACGAACACAAUAUCAUUGUCAAUCGACAAAAUUCGAAUCAUAAAUAUUUUAUGAGUGCACCCGGCGCGUGGUAAUAAGUGUCGGUAAAUAAUAAUUAUAAAAAUAUUAUGCCAUGGAACGAAAUUCGGUAUUUAGUGGAUGAGGGGUAGACAUGUUCCAUUUGACCGCUAAUUUGUUAUGUCGGUAAUGUUUUUAUACUUCACCGCACACACUCGCGGACGGACCUCGUCGAGGACGCGCCAAUAUAUCGAUAAAUCGCUAUUUAACUGCCCCAGUUUACGCAUACCCUUUUAAAAAUACUUAUUGUAGUUUAUUAUUAUCACGACGAGUUCGAUAUUAUACCAGCCGACGUAUCGACGCCACACUGCCGCCAUCGGUUAGAUUUAUUAUUUUAUUACGAGUGCAAUGCCGCAAAAUUCCACCGGGACAUAAGACGCGUGCUGCUCUUGUGCCGCGAGUACAUAUAUAGACAGAUGUACGUUUUAAGUUUUAAUAUUCAAAGGGGCGUUGGCGGCGGUGGCCGCCAAAGGGAGAGAAAAAAAACGUUUUAGACAAGAUCAAUGAGCGAAUGAAUACGUUUGCAAUGAAGGCCGACGUUUAAGUUGACAAGGGGAGAAUGACCCGGUUCUCAUGAAUAUUGAUGACGGCAGGUCCGAGAGACACCGAGACAAUAUAUUAAAAAAGAAAAAAGAAAAAAAAUACAUCCAGCAGAGUAAAAUAUAGAGAAAAAAAACGAGACGAACAAAAUGCCACGGGCUUUUGAAAAAUAAAAAAAGCUUUGCAACGUUCCAGUAGAAAAAUAAUAUGUAUGAUAAAAUGCGCUUGUCAUCAUGAGCCUCAAAAACAAUAUAGGUACAUAAUUGCUAUUUUAAGUUAUAAAACAAUAGUAGUUUUUUUCAACAAUAGAUGUGGUUAUUGUAUA